CACAUGUGCGUUCCAGCGAGGCUGCGGUACUUCCCUUUCUGCGCUGACUUCGGUCCCUUCAACCUCGGCACCACCAUCACGAUGCUGCGUUCGUUUGAGGACAAGCUCCGCAGCGGCACGCAGGAGAGGAUCACCCUCUUUGUGGAAGACACCAUCACCGACGUGACCAACGGCAUGUACUUGAUCGGAUCGUUCCUGUGCGUGAGCAUGGGGCUGUCCCCGUCAGAAGCCUGGAUCCCCUUCGCUCAGGUCUCGCCGUGGGACCACUGCCCCUUCCGAGACGCCACAUGGGCACCCAGCACGUUCAACAUCACGCUGAGGGACUGCUGGGCAGGGCUACAGAGGGCGAUGGAGCAGGGCCUCCUUGACCCGAGCUCGUUGGAUGUGAACGAGUACUUCUACUAUGAGAGCCCAUGGAACGGGGACAUGCAUGAGGUUGUGAAGGGGAAGUUCAUCGCGUUCCGAGGGCCCAAGGGUUCGAAGAUGAACGACACGUCCUUCAUCCCUUCAGACUUCGAGCUUGUCUUCCAUGCAAAGAACGUGACGAGGGUCAUCAGGCUCAACGAAAACGAGUACAGGAAGGAGGAGUUCGAGGAGAUGGGAAUCAAGCACACCGACUUGUUCUUCGUGGACUGCUCAACUCCCUCCGACGCUAUCGUCGACAAGUUCCUCAAGAUAGCAGAGAAGGAGAAAGGUGUCAUGGCCGUCCACUGCUUCGCUGGGCUUGGGAGGACGGGGACGUUGAUUGCGACAUAUCUCAUGAAGCACAGGUCCUUCACUGCUCGGGAGGCGAUCGCUUGGCUCCGCAUCUGCAGGCCGGGGAGUGUCAUCGGUCCUCAGCAGCAGUUCCUCGAGCUGAUGGAAGAGAAGCUAAAGAGGCUGGGAGAGGAC